AUGAGAUCUUUUAUUCAAGAAACCAUAGAUGGAUUUAUAUUCUGGAGUGUUUUUCAAGCAUUGAGUCCAUUGAUAUGGUUUUUUCCAUUAAAUGAAUUAGAAAUUUCUGGAUAUGAAGCUUUCGCGGGAUUUUGGUUCAUGCCUAUAAUUUGUGGAAUACCAAAAGUUCUGCGUUUAUUUCAAACAAGAUGGAUGAUAAUGAUUUUGAAGUUGGUCGUUGUGGGUUGUUUGUCCUCAUUUCAAGCUGCAACAACACUCCGCCGCUUGAUCAUAUUAGCGACAGGGGCUGGUGUUUCCAUGGUCAUCUUUGCCAUAUGCCUUUGCCACCCAAACUUAUUUAUACGUCAAUCAUAUUUUCGAAGUUUGAUCUUUGGUUAUUUUGCUUUAUUGAGUGGAAGAAUUUGGUUUACAACAUUUAUUCCAACAUGGUGGUCUGACAUGACCAAUAGUGUUGUCAUAGCACUAGGCGUAGCAGCAACAUUAGAUUAUCUGUUUAACAGUGAUGUGCAACAAGAGAAGAAGAUGGCUAUUACUAGUACUGUCCGUCCUAAUUGGUUUUGCAUUGGUCUAGGAACUGGCAGUUUGUUGUUUGCUACUCAUUGGUGUUUUGGUGAAGUAUCUGUGAUAACGAGAUGGGUUGUUAAAGGAUAUCCAGACUCUGGUCCUAACCCCCUCCCAUGGGGUGCUGCAAUUUUAUUAGCCAUCUUUACCGGAGUACUUAUUUCUCUUAUUCCACGAAUAACUAACAGUUACUAUUGGUUUUUGUUUGGAGCAGCUUCGCUUUCUGGUCUAUACUAUUUUCCAACUUUCAAAGGCCUGGGAAGCGGACUUUUAUUUGCAGUGUUUCUGUCCUCUUUGUGGCCAAAAUUCAUUAACUAUUAUUCAAGAUGUCCACCUGCAAGGACAACAGUUGUUACCAUGGCCACAUACAUUGCAGAAAUUCUAUUUUCAGUAUGGACUGUUGCGUUUAAUUUUGUGCCAGGAGGUACGUACACUCGUGAGAGAUCUGAUAUAUUGAUUUGUAUAGUGCUAAUCACAAUUUUUUUGGUUUAUGUUGCUGAUAACAGAUCUUACAAUCCAUCAGAUCUGAUUGGAUCAAACUACAAUUUCUACACGGCUUGGCUGUUCAUUAUCGUAGUCAUUGGUGCAGCCGGCAUUGGAUACAGACAAGCACAAUUUUCAAAGAAAAUGUCAAAUGUAAAACCUACCUCUACUUUCUCAUCAGCAAUAUGGACUUAUCAUUUCGGCUAUGAUAAUGAAGGCUGGCCAAGUUUAGAAAGAGCAUCAAAGUUGUUGAAUGAAACUGGGGCAGACGUGGUAACACUUUUAGAGAGUGAUGCCUCAAAGCCGUUUCUAGGAAAUAAUGAUAUUGCUUCAUGGAUCGGAGAACAUCUUGGGAUGUAUUCAGAUUUUGGUCCUUCUACCCGAGACCACACCUGGGGGAAUCUGAUUCUUUCAAAAUAUCCAAUUGUUAAAUCUCAUCAUCACCUACUUCCUUCACCACACGGAGAGCUUGCCCCUGCUAUAACUGCUACUAUCAAUAUUACAGGAUUUGAGGUAGACUUUAUUGUUAGUCACAUGGGUAAUGAUAGGGAUAAGCUGGAUCGCAAUCUUCAAUCAGACUAUUUAGCCAAAGAAUGUAAAGCCGCUGAAAAUCCAGUAGUUUUUAUGGCCUAUGUCACUUCAACUCCUAAUAGUCAAAGUUACAAAAGAUUCAUUAACUUUGGAGAGAUGAAAGACAUCGAUAAGACCGAUGAAAAGAGAUUUUGUGAAUAUAUAUUUUACCGAAAUCUGAUUCGAUUAGGUUACGCAAGAAUCACCCACGGUGGUCUUAGUGAUACUGAAUUACAAAUGGCUAAAUUCAAGAUACCAAGAGAUGUUAACAACUUUAAAGACCACGACAUUGUUACAUCUAAUCCCGAUAUUCCACCCAAGUCAAAUUUGUUCAAUCCAUAUUUCGGAAAACACUAUCCUACUCAUAUAUCGAAAAAGGUGCAUAGGUUCCAUAUGAAUACACCGAAAUAUUUUUUACUAGCACAAUGA